AACACAGAGAUGGUGUCCGUGGUGAAUGCUAAUAGUUCAACGCAUUCGCGGGGGGCUAUAGUCGGGAGCUUCCCCGCGCUGGUGCCGGCAUCAUCCACCACUUUCAAAUGUUAUCACGAACCCGCAUCUCAUGAAUCUCGGGCUGUGGCUGCAUCGAGUGAGAAAAGUAUCCUCUUUGGAAGGAGCACCGAAAUCGACUUUCUCAGCGUAAAUCAAGAUGCAGCUGCGAUUAACUCAGGCUCCUUCUCUGAGUAUAUGGUGGCAGUCUACGACCAGCCGGCCAACAAACUCGUUAUACAACCAGCACCUCUCUACAUAAUGUCUCGCGAGGUAAAGCAGAAGCAGGUGUCGACUAUUGAUCGUAGCAUCGGACGAAGAGUACAAGCCAGAAAUGCGCUCGGGCAGACCUUUGGCUCCAAGAGGUCAAAGGCUGCAAUUCAGGCGGCAGAACGAAAUCGGGUCGACGUCGCAGCUAUGAAGGGCAUUGCUCACCACUUGCAGGAGGAUAUCAGGAUGAAUACUAGAGCCCUGCCGAACAUCAGUGAACAAGAAGCGAUUUACCACAAUCGACCUGGACCAUCCCCAAACAUGGAGGCGAAUGACCCUGCUGGGGUCUAUUCUAUAAAUAGUGUUGUCCCCGAUUCUGAGUUGAAGGCGUGUCCCACGCGAGAACUGGUAGCUGCUCAGAGCAAUGACGAAAGGACCAAUAUUCUUCCUUACAACCGUUCAACAUGGAUUAAUCAACGCCUUAUCCUUGCUGGUCAAGAAAGUAAGAUCAGCAAGUUGCAUUUACGACUCCUGUUCCAUAUAUCCUGUAUGCUCUGCUUCAGGCAGGCAACGAUGAAUGGUGGUGACAUGGACAAGAUGAAUGGAAGGAUGUCUCGUAUUCCUUCUUUAGUUCAGGAAGGCCUGCGCGCCAGAUAUUCGGAACCAUCGCGCCUCUCUAAAACGAGUCGAGUUACAUCCGAGAUGGACGUCAAACUUCUGGCGCACAUGUUCGUGUUAUGCCUAAUUGUGGACAAUUUUGCCGCUGACGUCGGCACGCUUGCAAGCGACUUGCACCUGCCACCAGCUAGGGUGAUGAAGAUUUUCCGUGCAAUCGGAUGCAAAGUGGAAAUUCCGAAUGUGGACGACAGAACUCGCCUGGGUCUCCCCAAGGAAGCCCACUUAGCCCGAAGGGCAUUCCUGAGGGUUCCACUUGAUUUCCCGAAGCCCCGACGAGGCCGGACUCAGCGAGCGUAAACACCUGGAACCAUCCCCCACCUUCGUUCGCCUUUCCUGCGUAUUGAUCCAUAUGCUCAAUUACAUACCCG